AUGCUCAUGAUGGUCUGGGUGCCGCCCUUGCUGCUCAAUUGGCUGCAUGGGCUGCCGCUGGACCUUGAUGGCUUCUCCGGGGUGCGGGUGGUCAGGGACGGCCGGAUGAGCGGCAGACUGGCCCAAAAGUACUUGCUCUACCUCUACCGCGAGCUCCAGGUUGCAUCUGCUUCCACUCUCAUCCAUCCCAAGAAAUGCACCCACCCCACCCUUGCUCAUCCAUCCCUCAACCCUCUUGAUCCACUUGAGCCUGAGGAGGUCAAGGUCCGGACCACCCGCACCAAGAACUCCGUCCUCAGACGCUCUAUAGACCCUGUCUCAGGCAUGGUUGUCUUCAAACUAAGUCCCUUGCCCCCUCUUUAG